ACUUCAUAACUUUUUUAUCGGCAUGUUCACCAGAUUCCUGUCUCUAUUUAAUGGGGGCAUGAGGGCAUAUAAGGUUCAAGACGUUAAACGGGAACGGCGCGUGGGUGUGACAGCGAAAACUUUUAACGAUCUUCUUGUGAAGGGCUGCGAGAAGCUACAGUUAGACCCGGAGACAGUGACUAUCGUUCUGGAAGAUGAUGGCACACUGGUGGACAGCAACACAUUCUUCCAGAAACUGCCUGCCCAGACAGUCCUUGUCUUCCUCAGAGAGGGCGAGAAAUGGGGUGGAGCGGGUGCGCUGAUCCACGACGCACUCAGCAAGCUGUACAACGUGUCCAGGAAGGCAGAGAUAGCCAGUGAGAUUAGAGAGCUUCUGGUGGGAGAGGGAUCCCCGGAGAAGGUGCACAUCAUCUCUCAGUAUCUGGAGAUGCUGCAGACAGACCCUAAUGCCGAGUACAGAUAUGAAGAUGAGGACUGGUUUGAAGGUUUGAACAAAAAGUACAAGACAAAGCAAGAGGUGAUGCGGAACAAUGCACAAACACGCAUUCGUAGCUACUUUAACUCGGCUAAGGAACAAAUUGAGAAGGAGGUAAAGGAUCCAGAAACGAAAGAGAUUCUCACAGAAUGCCUCGACCAGAUGUCAAAUCGGCUAAAAAAGAACGACUUUCACGGGGGAUAUUUUGACCGUACCGCCCGGCCGGCAGAGCGCAUCUGCGACAAGCAAGGCUGGUUUCAGUGCCAGGGACCGUUUGACAGCGAGCGCUGUGACAGCUUUCACACAAUCAACCCGUACGCAUCGCGAGGGUACAGGCAGCUGUUUGGGCUGUGGAACCUGGACCAUGUCAUAGAGAAAUCUCGCGAGAUCCUUCCCACCCUGCUUCAGGCGGUGAAGGUGAAACAGAAACACGAGGAGGUCCAUUGGGAGCAUGUCUACAAGCUGCUGUUCACCAGAGACAACCUCAAACUUGUGCAGGUUGGGUGUCACAAGAAGGCCGCUAGAACGCAGACGUGUGACGUGCGUGACUUUCUUGUCUCCAGUUGAUGUUGGCUGUAACCUAGUGUAUGUGUGUUUUUGUGGGAAAACUUGGCUAAAUGCAUGCACUACCCAUAUUAGCCUGUGCAGGUAAAAACUUAAAUUUUUCUUAAACAACAAAAAUUCUUAGGCAAAUCUUUAAGGCAAUAAUUAUCAUGUGUUUGUUUGUUUUCAUAAGUAAGCAUUAGUAAGCAGUAAGACCAUUUGAGAUUGAUAUGGUAGUCAAUUAUCAAAUUUUAUUGGGUUUGCUCAUAUUCCCAGAGUUAUUAGCUGACCUUAGUUAAAUUCCCAAAGUGGUUUAAAUUUGAUGAUGAAAUCCUAAACAAUCUCUGGAAUAAGUGAGGACAUGAGGUUUAAAAUGUGGUAGAAAACAUCAUCCUACAGUCCUCUACACAGUUGAUUCAAAUUAUGCAUCUGGUUUACAGUAUUUACACAGAUUUACACAGAACCAUUAACUAUGUCUGGCAUGAAGCAUCAUUUAGAGGUCAGUAGUGUAAUUAAAGUUCAUUUUGGAUUUAAGGCAGCUGAUCUUUGUGAUUAUGCCCCCGGAUCGAAUGAUCGGGGGUAUAUUGUUUUUGGCCUGUCUUUCUUUCUGUCUGUCAUUCUGUCCCAAAACUUUAACCUUACCGUAAAGUUUUGCAAUAACUUUUGAAAUAUUAAACAUAGCAACUUGAUAUAGGGCAUGCAUGUGUAUCUCAUGGAGCUGCACAUUUUGAGUGGUGAAAGGUCAAGGUCAUCCUUCAAGGUCAAAGGUCAA